AAUAAUCCGUGACAGUCUCCGCCUCCCACGGUGAAUGUGUAUUUGAGAGUAAAUAAUUGUAAGAAAAAUAAACAGCAUAAAUGACAUUUGCUGUAAAGAGUGUCUAAUGUAAGGACAAAAAGGAUUUUUUUUUCCACCUAAUUUAGUGAAAUAUUGGCAAAAAAAAAAAAAAGAAGAUGAGCUCGAUGAGCUCACCGGUGUCAGUGGGAAAUGCAAAUUCAACGUCAGGUGCACCAGGAAUGGAAACUAUUGUUGCAGUUGCACUAGGUGCAUUAGCUGCCGUAUUUCUUGGUGCAUUAUUUGUUCUUUUAGUUAUUUGUCGUAGGCAACGUUGUUAUUAUAAGCAAAAAGAUUCACCAGACAUGAGUUCUGAUUUAUUAGAAGGGGAAAAUAUCUCGGGUCUUACAUUAGAUGCAUGGGAAAGUGAAGAAUGGUUAGCAGGCGCUGAUAGAUGGGUUGACGAUGCAACAGGAUUGGCACCACCUUGCAUUGCUGUUCUUCGAUCUUGUCAUUCUUUAGCAGCAAGUUUGACAUCAAUCGCUGGCACUGUUAACAGUAACACUGUUCCUCUUGAAAUUGUUGAUGUGGCAAGGCGAAUUCCUCCAAGGGUAGACGAUGUUGUUCGCAGUUUGUAUCCACCUCUAGAUGCUCGAUUAUUGGAGGCCAGAGUUGCGGCUCUUGUUCUUGCAGUAACACAUUUGGCAUUGGUGACAAAACAUGGUGUUCCAAAAAGUCAAGCUCGAAAAUUGGCAUUCAUCGAUCAAGCACUUAAUGACAUGGAUUCACAUUUAUUAGUUUUAAGAAAUGCAGCUUUAGCGCAAGAAGCCGGUUGUACAAUACCAGCUUCAACGCCAGUUUAAAAAAAAAAAAAAACUAAAUAUUUUUCAAAAAAUGAUUUUAAAUCGUUUUUGCAAGAUAAAUAAAUAUAUAUCAUUCUCAUUAAAUGAGAAUGUAAAAAUCUUCCACUAGAGAUGUAAAAUAGUCUAAACUAAACUUUUAUAAGAUAAUUUUUUUACAAUCAAAUUGAAAAAAAAAUUUCUUUAAAAUAAGAAAGAAAGAAACAAAUGAAGAGAACGUUUUUCCUGUGAUAAUUAUUGUUAAAGAGAUGAAUAAAAAAAAUGGUUAAUAAUGAAAAAAAAAUUGUAAAUAUAACUUUUUAAAAAACUAUUUUUGGAAAAAUUUUUUAAUCUUGUAUUUUUAUUGAUUUUACAUCUCUAUCUCUUGAAAAUCGAACAAUAUAUAAGUAUUAAUCGUUUUUUAAAUUAUAAUUACAAAAAAAAAAUUUAAUACAAAUUUGGACAAAUAUAGGUUUAUAUACUGUAAAUAUACACAAGGUAAUUUUUUCCAAAAAUUGGUGUAAUUUUUAUUAAUCUGAAAUACACAAUUCAUAAAUAUCGGUUUGUCAAUUAUGCAAUAAAUUUUACAUUUGAUUAAUUUGAUACAAUUCUAAAAGAAAAAAAAACAAAUUGUUAUAUUUUUUGAUAAAAUUUUAAGAAAAUGUUUUUAAUAAAGAAUCUCUACGAGAACUCAAUUUGAAGUUGGUGAAUUAAUUAAUGUGUCAGCAUGCGUAAUUAUUAUUAAUAUUAUUAUUAUUAUUAUUAUUCACAGUAAGCAAUUGGCUUAUUUUUUUUUAAACCUUACAAUUUCUUUUUAAUUCGCAACGUUUCUCAAAAAUUAGUGAAACUUGCAAUUAGAUCUAAUUUUUUUUUUUU